AUGUCUGCUCCCAAGGGUCGUCUCCAAGGCAAGAAUGCCAUUAUCACUGGUGCUGCCGGUGGCAUUGGCCUCGAAACCACCAUCCUCUUUGCCCGCGAGGGUGCCAACAUCCUCCUCGCCGAUAUCUCCGAGCCAGCCUUGGCCAAGGCUCUGGCCAAGGUCAAGGAGGUCGUCCCCACCGCCGGCCGUCUGGAGACCAUCCGCUGCGACGUGUCGAAGGAGGCCGAUGUGCAGGCCAUGAUCGAGUCCCAGGACAGCUGGGGUGGUGUGGAUGUGAUCUUCAACAAUGCCGGUAUCAUGCAUGCCGAUGAUGCGGAUGCGGUCGAUACCCCCGAGAAGAUCUGGGAUCUGACUCAGAGUAUCAAUGUUAAGGGCGUGUGGUUUGGCUGCAAGCACGCUGUCCUGAGCAUGCGUCGCAACAAGAAGAAGACUGGCAGUGUGAUCAACACGGCUAGCUUUGUGGCCUUGAUGGGUGCUGCUACCCCCCAGCUGGCAUAUACUGCCAGCAAGGGUGCUGUUCUGGCCAUGACUCGCGAGCUGGCCAUCGUUCAUGCCCGCGAGGGCUUCCGCUUCAACUCACUCUGCCCGGGUCCCCUCAACACUCCCCUCCUGCAGGACUGGCUCGGCGAUGACCAUGCCAAGCGCUUCCGCCGUGAGGUGCACUUCCCCAGCGGCCGCUUCGGCGAGGCCAUCGAGCAGGCACACGCUGUGGUGUUCCUGGCGAGUGACGAGAGCAGCUUUGUCAACGGCACUGAUUUCGUGGUGGAUGGUGGUCUCAGCAAGGCAUAUGUCACCCCGGAAGGCCCCGCGCCAGCUGCGCCUCAGAACAACGCCCAGUAA